UCCGAACAGCAUAUCUGAGAGAAGAAGAUAAGUGUUCCGACGAGGUUGCAAGAGAACAGCUAAAGUGAGGAAAUGAAAUUUCAGCAGAAAAAUAUGUAACAAGGCCGCUAGCAUUUCAUCCUACCCCAUUCGGCCCAGCUCGCGCCCAUCACAUGCCAAGGCCUUCUCUCUCUCUCCCUCUCUCUCUCUCUCUCAUAGAAAAGAAAAGAAAAAAAAAACCAAACAUCUCAGUCCGUUGCUGCUGCUCCUCGCGCGGGCGACGCUUCCCCUCCUCGACGCCUUCCGUCUUCUGCUCCGGCGCCGGCGAGCAUCACGAAGCGGCUUCUCCGCCGCGCACCGUCCUUCUUCCUCCACCGAGGUGACUGAUGGUCACUCCUCCGACCAGUGAUGACCAAUCUGAGAAACUUUCAGCGCCCUCUGAAUGUAAUUGUGCAGUUCAACCUUGGCAAUGUGGAUCUGAAGCUGCAUCUGGAACCAAACGACACGUUGAGGAUGCGGCAAGUGAAACGUGUAGCUCAAAGAAGAAGCGCACUUCACCUGUUCGGGAUUACUUCUCAAGGGAGAAGUUCAAUGUGAGGUUUUCUGUAGACAGCGGUGUCUCUGAUCAAGAAGAAGCUCAGAAAGCAGUUAACUCUGUGUUUAUACUGCAUGACUAUCCCCCGUCAGUUGCUAAUCACCCUGGUCUUCGUGCAUUUGUUGGUGCAUUGAAACCCUCUUUUGAAAUGGUAACUCAAAAGACCAUUAGAAAUGAUAUCUUGGAUCACUACGAGAUUGAGAGAAGGAAAGUUCUUGAUUACUUGCAAAAGAACAGUGGUUGUGUGGCUGUUACAACUGAACUCUGGACAGAUGAUAAGAGGAAAAGAGACUAUAUCGCAGUCACAGGGCAUUUCAUUGACAAGUCAUGGAAGCCCAGAAGGUGCAUCUUAAGGUUUCUAUAUGUGCCAUACCCUCGUGCGUCGGAUGCUCUUUGUGAUGCACUUUAUAAAUGCCUCGAGAGUUGGGAUCUUAAUCGCAAGCUGUCUACUCUGACUCUUCACAAUUGCUCUUCUGAUGAUGCUUUAAUUCCACAAACUGAGGCAAAGAUUGGGACAACUAAUCUUUUAUUAGGUGGAAGGAUGCUAAAUAUGCAAUGCUGUGCACAUAGUCUUGACUCAGUUGUCAAAGAUGGCUUGGAAGUGAUCGCGACAGCCAUUGAAAAAAUCCGUGUUAGUGUUGCUUAUUGUCUUGCUACACCAGAGAGGUAUGAAAAGUUCGAGGAAGCUGCUCUAUCACAACAGAUUGAAUUGACUGAAGAACUGUGCCUUGAUUGCAGAAGUAAAUGGAAUUCAACCUAUACUAUGCUUCACAUUGCUCUGGGAUAUAAUAAGGUUUUUGAUCAUCUGAAGCAAAUUGACUGGAACUUCACUUCAUGUCCAACCGCUGAAGAUUGGAAAUCUGUGUCAUCUGUCUGUGAUGGAUUGAAAGUUUUCCAUGAACUCAGAGAAAUGUUUUCUGGAACUAAAUUCGUGACUGCUAAUGUGUUUUUCAUACAUAUAUGUGAGAUCAAAAUGAAUAUGCACAAAUGGCUUGAAUGUGGAGAUCCAAUAAUUGAGAAAAUGUCUGCUGUCAUGGUAGAAAAGUUUGAUAAGUAAGGUCUGAUAUUCACGGCUUGAUGGCACUUGCUAUCAUUCUUGAUCCACGAGGUAAAAUGGCAAUGCUGGAGGUUUGCUAUGAGGUCCUCUUUGGUGAAGGAAACUCUGGGAAGCAUGUUAGAAAGAGUUGUGAUUUUUUGUGUGAGUUGAUAAAUGAGUACAAAGUGCAACGUGAAAAAGAGUAAGGCUGCAUCAUCUGAUAUAAGGUGCUGACACCAUUCCGAGCUUUUGUCGCCCAUAUGAGAGCUAAACAUGCUGUAAGGCCUGAAAAUGAGCUGGAUCGCUAUUUAGAGGAAGAGAAUGUCCCUUACACAGAUGAUGAAUUUGAUAUACUUUCUUGGUGGAACGUUACAGGAAGGUAUCCUACACUAAAGAUGAUAGCUCGUGAUAUCUUUGCUAUUCCAAUAACAAGGAUAGUGUCUGAAUCAGCUCUUGAAACCGGCGGGAGAGUUCUAAGUGGACGUUGCAGCCAUCUCAGUCCAAAGAUGUUGGAAGCCCUGGUAUGCUCUCAAGACUGGCAUCAUAUAGAGCUCCAAGAAGGGAUCAGAGCUUCUGACAUGCGUGGAAGACACUGAAGAGGAGCUCCAGAGUAGUUGUUCUUUUUUAAAUGUUGACUCAAUUCGAGCAUCCUUGUUUGAUGCUUGCAAUGUAGGCUCAUAGUUUAUUUGAAAAUCACUGUACUCGAACUAUGUUUUGUCUCUUGCCAAGGGCAGUGGGUGAAUUAGCAUUAAGGCCUCGUUCGUUUCCUUUGGAACGGAUCUAGUCCAGGAACCGUUCCAGCCCAAGAUCGAGUGGAUCCCCUUACUUCA